AUGGGGCAGUUGGUGAAUUUGAUAUCAAGGAGAGUUCAAGGAACAUUGCCAAGUGACACAGAGAAUAAUCCCAAUGAGCAUGUGAAGGCAAUUACACUAAAAAGUGAAAAGGAAAUUGGGCAUAAAGAGCAAGAGAAAGAGGAAGCACCUAAAAUGCAACUAGACAACAUUGCUAAAAAGUUGCUUGAACCUAAGAAGAUAGAGAUUCAACCUCCUUUCCCUCUUGCAUUGAAGAAGCAGAAAGUUGAUCAGCAAUUUGCAAAAUUUUUAGAUAUUUUUAAGAAAUUGCAUAUUAAUAUUCCAUUUGCAGAUGCUCUUCUUCAUAUGCCUAGCUAUGCAAAGUUCUUGAAGGAGAUCCUUUCCAACAAGAGAAAACUAGAAGAGCGAGAAACAGUAAAACUCAUUGAAGAAUGUGCUAGCAUUAAUUUAAUGUCAUUAUCUGUUUUCAGGAAAUUGGGACUUGGAAAACCAAGGGCCACCAUAGUAUCUCUACAGCUGGCUGACAGAUCAAUUAAAUAUCCAAGAGUUAUUGUGGAGGAUGUGCUUGUCAAGGUAGAUAAGGUUAUUUUUCCUGUAGAUUUUCUUGUGUUGGACAUGGAAGAAGAUGUUGAGAUACCUCUCAUUCUAGGAUGA